UUCUCAGCUCUGCCCUCAGCCUCUCACACCCUCUCAGCCUUCUCAGCCCCAGGAAACAUGUCUAGCAAAACUACCGUGAGGAGCCAAAGCACCAGCCGCCGUGGCUUCAGUGCCAGCUCAGCCAGAGUCCCUGGGCUCAGCCGCUCUGGCUUCAGCAGUGUCUCUGUGUGCCGCUCCAGGGGCAGCGGUGGCACUGGGGCAAUGUAUGGAGGAGCUGGCUUUGGCAGCAGAAGCCUCUACAACCUAGGAGGUUCCAAGAGGAUCUCCAUCGGAGGGGGCAGCUGUGCCAUUGGUGGAGGAUAUGGCAGCAGAGUUGGAGGUGGCUUUGGCUUUGGAGGUGGAAUCGGCAAUGGAUUUGGUUAUGGUGGUGGAGCUGGUAGCGGCUUUGGGCUCAGUGGUGGAGCUGGCUUUGGUGGUGGCUAUGGGGGCGCUGGCUUCCCUGUGUGUCCACCUGGAGGCAUCCAAGAGGUUACCAUCAACCAGAGUCUCCUCACUCCUCUGAACUUGGAAAUCGACCCCACCAUUCAGCGUGUGAGAACAGAGGAGCGUGAGCAGAUCAAGACCCUCAACAACAAAUUCGCCUCCUUCAUCGAUAAGGUGCGGUUCCUGGAACAACAAAACAAGGUCCUGGAUACCAAGUGGAGCCUGCUCCAGGAGCAGGGGACCAGGACAGUCAGGCAUAGUCUGGAGCCUCUGUUUGAGCAGUACAUCAACAACCUCAGGAGGCAGCUGGACUCCAUCGUUUCAGAGAGAGGCCGCCUGGACUCCGAGCUGAGGAACAUGCAGGACGCAGUGGAAGACUACAAGAACAAAUAUGAACAUGAAAUCAACAAGCGCACAACAGCCGAGAACGAAUUUGUGACUUUGAAAAAGGAUGUGGACGCUGCCUACAUGAAUAAGACUGAACUGCAAGCCAAGGCAGAUGGUCUUGUUGAUGAGAUCAACUUCCUGAGAGCCCUCUAUGAGGCCGAACUGUCUCAGAUGCAAACUCACGUCUCUGACACUUCUGUGAUCCUAUCCAUGGACAACAACCGCAGCCUGGACCUGGACAGCAUUAUUGCUGAAGUCAGAGCCCAAUAUGAGGAAAUUGCUCAGAGGAGCCGAGCUGAGGCUGAGUCCUGGUACCAGUCCAAGUAUGAAGAACUUCAAGUAACAGCAGGCAGACAUGGGGAUGACCUGCGUAACACGAAGCAGGAAAUCGCUGAGAUCAACCGCAUGAUCCAGAGGCUGAGAUCUGAGAUCGACCACGUCAAGAAACAGUGUGCCAAUCUGCAGGCUGCUAUCGCUGAUGCUGAGCAACGUGGAGAGCUUGCCAUUAAAGAUGCCAGGAGCAAGCUGGAAGGGCUGGAGGAUGCAUUGCAGAAUGCCAAGCAGGACCUGGCCAGGAUGCUGAAGCAGUACCAGGAGCUCUUGAAUGUCAAAUUGGCCUUGGAUGUAGAGAUUGCCACCUACAGGAAGCUACUGGAAGGCGAAGAGUGCAGGCUGAGUGGUGAAGGUGUUGGACCAGUCAACAUCUCUGUGGUGCAGUCCACUGUCUCCAGUGGCUACGGCAGUUCCAGUGGAGUGGGCAGUGGUUUAGGCUUGGGUGGAAGCAGCGGCUACACCUACAGCUCUGGUCACAGCCUUGGAAGCGGCUUUAGCUCUGGCAGCGGCAGAGGCACCAGCAUUGGGGGCGGCCACAUCUCUGUUGGAGGCGGCCUCAGCUCUACUGGGGACAGCACUUCCACUGUCAAGUACACCAGCUCCUCCUCCAGCAGGAAGAGCUACAAGUACUGAAGUCAUGCCUUAAUUGUGGAAAUUCUUGAGUCCCUCCGGCUUUAGUGUCCCGUGCUCAGUUCCUUUUCCUCCUCCUGCCUCUGCCUCUGCUUUCUAAUUGGAGGUGAGCAUGUGCAGUCCUCACAUUGUUUUUCAGUGAACCUCCUUUACCCUGGAGCUCAUGGCUCAUUUCAGAAUCUCAGCAUCUGACUACAUCUUAUGAUUUACUAACCUGGUGCCUCACUGUCUUGCUCUAUUAUUAACUUUUUGCUCCUUUAUUCUAUCUCUGAGCCUGAGUAUUACAAGAAAAUUAUCUCUACUCCUUUCUUUCUAAAAGUCCCUGCCUGUGACCCAUUAACAACAGGGAAGUUCCCUUUUAAUGCAUGCUGGCAUUAAAGCAUACUUCAUUCCACACUUACUGUGAACCUCCCUCACAGUAACUGUGAUAAUUUAACCAUCUGGUCCUUUGAUGUGCAGAAUAGAGAAUUGUAUCUCUGUGAACUUGUAUUUGUUGUAUCUCUGUGAUGUUUUCUCUGUUCUUUGCUUUCUUAUGAUUACUAAAUAAAGCAGAUUUAUAAUGUAA